AUGGCUAUCUAUCUAUCUAUCUAUCUAUCUAUCUAUCUAUCUAUCUAUCUAUCUAUUGUCAACGAGUGUUUGUACUUAUUUAUGGCUAUCUAUCUAUCUAUCUAUCUAUCUAUCUAUUGUCAACGAGUGUUCGUACUUAUUUAUGGCUAUCUAUCUCUCUAUCUAUCUAUCUGCGUCUGCAUUUAUUUCUUGAUGACAAUUUUUAUCUAUCUAUCUAUCUAUCUAUCUAUCUAUCUAUCUAUCUAUCUAUCUAUCUUUGAGUGGAAACACCCGGAAAAAUCAAUCUAUCUAUCUAUCUAUCUAUCUAUCUAUCUAUCUAUCUAUCUAUCUAUCUAUGUCUGUUCAUAUCUAUCUAUGUCUGUUCAUAUCUAUCUAUCUAUCUAUCUAUCUAUCUAUAUAUCUAUCUAUCUGAAUAGGUUCAUAUCUUUUACAUUUUCUUCAAAUAUAUCUAAUUCUCUUCAUAUCUGUCUAUCUAUCUAUCUAUCUGUCUAUCUGAAUAGGUUCAUAUCUUUUAGAUUUUCUUCAAAUAUAUCUAAUUCUCUUCAUAUCUAUCUAUCUAUCUAUCUAUCUAUCUAUCUAUCUAUCUAUGCCUGCUCUGUUAUUCAACGCACUGAUGAUCUAUCUAUCUAUCUAUCUAUCUAUCUAUCUAUCUAUCUAUCUAUCUAUCUAUCCAUACACAUACGUAGGUGCGCACACCCUUGUGAAUAA